AAUGGUUGAAGAGAAACUGUUGUGAAGAUCGACCGUUGUAGUAAAAUAGCAAAUAUGUGUCUAUAUGCACAUUAAAAACGACAUCUACACACAACUGGGGAUACAGGUCCAUGCUGCGAGGACUGUGGAGGGACAGGACCACACCCCCAUCACCGCCCCAGAGGGGAGGAGACACGACUGAAGGAGGAGCUAGGGAGGGAAUCAUCCAAUAGACGAGUGCAUCCCUCCAUGCUUCCUGAUGAAGAGCCUCCAGUUCAGAAGCAUCGCCCCCAAGGCUCCGGCCCCAGCCCCAGCAGUGAUGCCCUCCCCAGCCCUCCUCUCCUGCCAGCCCUCCGAAGCCACAACGGCCACCAGUCCCAAGUCCAUCAUCGUGCCAGCCCAGAACUAUGCCCUGAUGCAGGUGGCAGGCCAGGAGGGAACUUUCUCUCUGGUGGCACUGCCUCCUUCUGUCUCCUCUCAGACCCCUCAACCACAGCAACCACAACAACAGCCAAUGCAAACAAACCUAAAACUACCUAUUUCCCGAUACCAGCCAAUGAGAAGCAAGGGAACCCCCGCCCCAGUCAAGUCAGCCCCGCCUAUUAACAAGACAAAGAACCCCAGUAAGGUCAGCGUGACGACCCGGGCACGGUCAUUAGCUUCAGUGAAGAGGAGGCCGUUGGAGUCCAAAGAGACAAAGGAGAACCCGGCCAAAGUUGAACCUUCAGAGCAGAUGAUCCUUAUAGACUCCUCGUCCAAUGAGAUUUCAGUCACAGCUGUGCUCCCCGACAACGCUGUCCUCUACCCAGGCUCCCAGGUGAAGCAGGAAGUAGAGCCCUCCAAUAGACCUGCCUUGGACCUCCUCCAGAACAUCCACUACCCCUCGACCGCUGCCAAGAACCCUUUAGCCAAAAUUGAGGAGGAAAGCAGCAAGCCCAGGCCCUACCAAGCCAAGCAAACCCCGACACAACCAGCAGGAGCCGGCAGCAUCACCGUCCUCUCCCCAGCCAUCUUCAGCAAGGCUGUUCAGAUUAUCCCCUCCCCCCCGAAAGGCAAGCUUCCCAUCCUGCCCUAUUCCAAGAUGAAGAGCACUCUCAUCCCCGCCGCCGCCAAGCUCAACAACAUGUCCCCCGAGAAGAGUUUCCCCAUCGCCUCCCCAGAUCCAUCCUCCAAGACCACAGAGACUGUAGAUGCCCUGCAUCACAGCCAGGUGCCAAACUCUACGCCCCAGAACCAGCCUCAAGCCAAGGCCUUCAUACCACUGCUCAGCCCUUUACCAAAACCUCCAGGUAAGAAGAGGGGGAGGAAGAGAAAGACCAUGGAAGACAUUCUGGCUUUUGAGGCAAGGAAAAAAAGGUCCUUGUCUUUCUUCAGGCGGAGGGUUCCGGAGAAACCCCUGGCUGUCCCUCUGGGCUCCAAGCAGAAAGAGGUGGACAUCUCCAAGAAGUACCGCAGUAUACGACCCAAGCCCAUGCUGGUGAUGGAGACUGUUCCCCAGCUGGUCAGCCUUCCCGCCCUGACUCCCGACACCCAGGACCAGGAGCUCCUCCUGGGACACCCGCUCUCCGCCAAGCUCCUGGACUGUCCCGGCACUCCCGAGCCCGCUCCCCUACACUUCCGACCCAGCGCCCAGCGAGUAUACCUUGGGAGUCGGCCGGUACACCGAUGCCCGACCUGCGGCCGCUGUUUCCAGUUCAAGCAUCACUUGCAAAGCCACAUGAACAGCCACACCAACAGCCGGCCCUACGCCUGCCCUGUCUGCCGCAAGGCCUACGCCCACUCCGGAAGCCUGAGCACCCACAUGAAGCUGCAGCACUCGGACGGACGGCCCCGGAAGACGUUACGAUGCGAGUUCUGCGAGAAGGCUUUUGGCUACGUGGGCGUUUACUUCAGCCACCUGAGGGAGGUCCACAAGGUGGUGCUGACGGUGGAGCCUUCCAUCAGCCAGCACGAGGAGCAGGUGGCCAUAGAAGGGGAGAUGUCUCCGGAUGAGCAGGGGCAGGAGCGUGAGGACCCAGUGGAGCUGCAGAUCAAGUGCGGCCGCUGCCAGGCCAUCACCCCGACCUUCGCCGACAUGAAGCUCCACCUCCUCUACGUCCACGGCGAGGAGGUCCAGGUGCGACUGCGCGAGGGCGCCACGCGUGGCGGCCGCGAGGCCGAAGACGAGCUGGUCAAGCACGCCGCGCACUACUGGCGGCAGCUCAACGAGAAGCGCAAUCUGGUCAAGUGCGGAAGCUGCGACGAGGAGUUCCUCUCCUUCUCCAAGCUCAAACGCCACAUCCUGCGCCACCACCGAGGGGAGCCCGAGGACGGCGAGAGCGGGGAGAGCGCCGGAGAGGCCGAGGGCGUUUGCAGCCGAGGGCGAUCGUCCCGGGAGGGCGCGGGCUUUCUCUGGGCCGGCUCGGCCUAUAACUGCGUGCUGUGUAGCCACAUGCUGGACAGCAGAGAGGAGGUGAUGGAACACUGGAGAAGUCGCCACAACUGUGAGCAGCCCAGCGUGCUGUGGGAGGCCCUCAGCUCCUACUCUGGUCAGGGGGAGGCAGAGAUGGAGACGGAGACAGACACACCUGCCCACAGCCCCUCACACUAGCCCCCAAAACUGUUACUGUAGGAGCCCCUGUACACUAGGAGCCCCCAGACCCAUACUGUAGAGCCCCGAACCUGCAAAUAGAAGCCCCCGCACCAUGCACUAUCUUAUCUGGGGGCUCCGUCCUUACCUCCCAGACUCAGUCCUGCUAGAAGUCAGUCAGUAGCACUAGGGUUGGGUAUUUUAUUGAUUCCAAUUCUCCCUAUCGAUUCCGGUUCUUAUUCUAAUAUUUUAGAGAAAAAUAACAUAUUACAUUUUCUAGACAUUCAUCAUUUAAGCUCAGCUGUGUUUUGUACCUGAGUUUUAGACGUAGCUAUGGUUACAACUAGCUGAAUCUGGGGUGCUCCAGGAUGUUGAUAUGUGUCUCUUUUCACGUGCUUGGUAGACGUACUGCGUAACAAAUGACGUGCAACUUUUAUGGGCUGUAAAAGGCUCACUCCAGUUCACUCGGAAGUGUGACUAAAAUAUGCAAAAGUUCGGAACCGAAGCAGAAUCUAAAUGCACGUGUCUUAUCGACUCCACAGUUCUUGGACAUUUUGUUCCAAGUUGGAACUCAUUCUUGAUACCCAACCCUCAGUAGCACACAGGGCGGAGCUUCCCAAGAGUGUCGUAGCUCCAACGUCAUUCACCUCGGGUAGAAACAUUUAGAGAUGACCAUGGUGCUAUGAUACUUGUGGGAAACUUUAAUAGAGAAUCCACUAUGUAUAGUUUAUAGUAUUUUCUGUCUUUUUUUUGAUUGCACUGUUUUGUUUCUCUGUAUUCAUUUGUUGUAUAUUAGUUUGACAUGUUUUUUCUUUAUUUUAUUGUGUUUUUUACCGACACAGUAAAGCUGUUUUUGAGACCUUAGUCUCAUAGUAAGGGCGUACUGUCUGCCUUGAAUUUUUAUUGGUGAAAAAACAAUUACUAACAGGAUAUUGACCAACAAAGUUACAUUAAUGUGACCAGUGAAAUUUAAAUAAUUUUAAACUUUGGAAUUCAACCAAAUAUUACGGCGGGUCUUUUCUAAACUUUGACAUGGAAGGAAAAUCAUUCUCACCAGCAGCAAAAUAAAAAACUGCCUUCAGAAUUGUUUUUAUUUGUCUUGUGACAAAUAUAUAUAAGCCUUGUCAUCAUUUUGUUUUCAAGUACUAUAAACAGUGUAUGUGUUUAUCCUGUGGUAUGGCUAAGGUCGAAGCGCACUGUAGGUUUGAGUGAAGAUUUAAACUCAACAAAACUGUUUGUUAGGUUUGUCAUGUUUUACACAAGGAUAGAACCAGGACUGCGUCCGUCUGUUGUUGCUAGCUAACAGCCUGAAUUAUUAGCCUGUGGAGUUUGUGCAUCUGAGGACUGUGCAAUGAAAAGAGUAUUUAAACUGUCGCAUCCUCCUAUACAAAAGUAUAUGUUUUCAGACAGAAAAUAUUAUUCAUUUUGGUAUGUUUUACGUGGGUAGUUGGUCAUUGGAUACCCAGCAUUUCCACGUUUCUAAACUCGCCAUGAGGAUGUUCAGUGUUGUGUUUUUUGGGUCAGGAAAUUCCAAUCUAGAAGUAUCCGCAUUUGUUUAUGACUGUGUAACCUUUUCAUAGAAGAAAAAGAAAAACAAUCACAGGGUAAGUGAAUGUACCUUGAAUGUUUUCAAACCAAAUUAUAUAUAUAUAUAGAUCUAUACAAAAUAUACUUAUAUAGAUAGAUUAUAUAUAGAUAUAUGGAGAAUAUAUAUUUGCAUAGAAAACAGUGAAUAAGCUGCUUUGUUCUGUCUCACAAUAGAGGAAAUGGCCGAGAUUUAUUUCAAGCCUGGCAACCCAAACCAAGUAGAGCUCUCUCCUUGUGUUUGUGACCCAAACUAAGGUGUCUUUCCUCCUUUAGUGAGACCAGAACACACCAGUGACUCUUAGUACAGCAAAGAAAACUGUGUGAAGAAUCAUCUAGUUAAAUAUAUUGUUUGUUCCACAAAAUGGUGACUGUGUCAAAAAUGGCUGAAAGUGUUUUGUGAUAGUGACUGUGUACCUGAAAAUCCUUAAAUUUCAAAAAAUAAAAAUAUAGUAUGGUUUACUUAAUGAAUAAUAAUUAAAAAAAGGUUUUGGGAAUAUUUACUGGGACUAGUGACAUGGACAUUAUAUGAAUCAGUUAUGGUCGUACAUACACACACACAAUCUGAUGCACGUUGAUAAGUUAAAAUGUUGAACUCGUUCACGGUGGGGUGCUCAUAAUGCAAUACAAUC